CUUUCUGUGUUUAUGAUAGUGUAAACAAUCAGAAUUAGGCAUUGAAAAUGCAUGUAUAAUUUGUGUGGCUAUUUUGAUUGGGCCCAAGUUGGAACUAAAUUCAAUUAUACUUAAAGUCCCUAGAUGUGGUGGUAUAAUCCUCUGUUUGAUAAAAGUGGUGUUAUCUUUUGUAAGAGGAAAUUGAAAAAAAAAAGAUUAUUUUGAUUUGGUUUGUGUAGUGUCACAUCUCAAUACCAUUGGAUAGUGUUGUUUGCAUGUUUAAUAUCUCUUUAAGUGAGUUCAAUUUAUCAAAGUUAAAUGACAAAUUUGCAUUAAUGGGACGGUAGGUUAGUCGAAGAGCUUAGUGAAUGAGCUGUUGUGCAAGCACGAUGCACUUGUAACCUUAUCACAUCUAUAUGGUUUAAUAUACGAGCUCCACCCAAUGCUUGUAAACAUAGCAGCACUGUGUGGACACACAGGGAAAGGGAAACUGCAGCACUCUGACACAGCCACAGGGAGUACUUUUAAGAUUUGUUUUCUAAGUGAAAAAUAUUUGUUGCCUUUUAUAAUUGUUGAGGAAAAAGGAGACCCAAGUCAUCGGACAGGACCUGUAGGAAAUUUGGAAGAAAGUCACAAUUGUUUGAUAAUGGACAGUAUCUAACUGGUGUAUUCAGAAACCCAGCUAUUGACACAUGCAGCGGGAUUUGAUUUUUGCAAAACAUUUUCUUACUACUUAGGAUAAAAUUCUAGUACUUAAAUUGUCACAAUCUUCAGAGACUUUUUGAGUUGGUUUGUAAAUUGAUACAGAGUGGUGAGCAUUGUGAUACCCUCUUAACUAGAGAGAUAACUGUUCCCAAUUUAAAUCUGUGAUCUCUGGGUGGAAACAGUCUUACAUACUUUUUUGUCCUGGAAAAUGUAACUGCAAUCUUACUCCUAAAAGGCAAUAUUUUGCUGAUAAGUGAAAUUACUUGGAUAACUCUCCUGAAACAAUGUCUGCUGAGAAGCUGAAAGCUGCAGACUCAACAGAGACAGACAGGUUUUUUUAUUUUAUUUUGAGGAGCAAAUAUUAAUGCCAUUGGUUCACAUGGACAGAAUCUUUUGUUUUGGGCCAAAAAGGAGAGCAAAAAUAACUUGAAUACUUUGUUCACUCUGCAGAUUCAGGAAUUUUGGGAGUUGGUUUGUUUUUGGAGGUCAGAAGGCCACAGGUGCUAGAAGCACUAAAUAAGUCUUGUACCAGCUUCAACUAUGGAAAACUGGAGAGUGGCAGCGCAGCUAGCUGGGGCAUUGAAAACAUUAGGGUGGAGCAUCACCACAAGACCUCUGGACUACUGAUUUAAAAUACAUAUUCAAUCCCAUUGACUGUGCAGCCAUGAAUGGCCAGGUGGACACCGUAAACAAGGCUAUAAGUUAUAAUGUCCAGUUUGCUGGUAUUAUACCCAAUGUUCCAGUACAUCUUGAUUCUACGAGCCGCACAGAUAUCCUCAGAGUGAUAGAUAGGGGAAAGAAGGAUGGUACAAUCCCUUGGCACACAACUUACGAACAAGAUGCCAUCUUUAGCUUAAGCGUUAACAAUAUCAAAAUCUCAAGGAGAGAUGGAAAUGAAGAGCUGAUGUUACGGGUACCCAUUCAUGAAAUAGCUACAAUUUGUUACAUACAAGAUGAUGCAUCUUUUAUCUUAAUUUUGAAAUUUGGGAAUCCUGAAGAGAGUCGAGAAAUGUGCAAGUUGGCAGUUUUCCUUUGUGAUAGCAGAUCUGCCUCUGAGGAGUUGUGUUCACUGGUUGGACAGUGUUUCCAGUUGGUGUACACAGAUGCCACCAUGCAGUUCUUUGAUAGGAAAGUCAAUGAAGGAGCACGCGGGGUGUCUGGUACAUCCUCUGUUACCCUAAGCAGUGAUUAUUCCACAUCUACACCUAAGAACCUGGACAAAUUACAGGAUCCUUCAUUUUUGUCUCAGUCAGCACUCCACCUAGAUCAUAGUCAGACAUCAACAUUAAACAGACCAGCUCACAGGCGGAAAAGAAGCACUACGCAGAGCGUCAGUGACCUUAGCACCUCGGCAGCAGAUCUGUUACAUGAUUAUAUUAGAAAGAUGCAGAGAGUUUUAACUGAUGAUGAAUUAAAAAGGUUUGCCUCUUUGUGUAAAAUGUGGCAAGAAAAUAUGCCUUUUAAUGAAUAUUGCCAGAGGGUGCUGGAGCUUUAUGGACAGGAGAGAAAAUAUCUUUUAGCAGAUAUGAGGGAUUUUAUACCUGAAAAAGACUAUGAAUUUUUUGAGUCAUUCUUGAAAAGUAUAGGCAUCGUAAAUAAUGGAAGAGGAAGUCAAAGAUCAAGAUACAGACGGACAGCGAGCGAUGUAUCUGGUUUAACAACAGGAAGUGCUAGUGACACUACAUCUUUAGCUGCAGAUGAGUUUGAUCGCAGCAUGAACAUAAUUACCUCAAGUAUUGCCAAUAUGGAAACGAGUGUGAACAUUAAUCCCAGCUCAUAUCUUGGAAUGCAGCAAACGUGAUAUAUGUUGUGAGGGGCACAUGCUGAAUGUGUACCUUUAGGAUCCGACUCAAUGGUGUCAUCUUUGUUGUUGUAAAGAUCUGAUCUGGUGCUAGUUCAUCAUCAGCUAGUGACAUCAGCCUGUUUGACUACAUACGUUUCGCAGUACUGUACCCUUAGUGUCAAAGGGUGAUUGGAUGUGGAGGAUUUCACAAACCCUGGGAUUUUAAAGCUCAAUAAUGGGACACAAAGUUGUGGAUAUGAACUUUCGAUGGGGUGCACUUGACACCAUGGGCUUCACAAGGUGACAAAGUCCAUUAAAUGAAAACACGAAAGAAAAUAUCCAGGACCCUGCAACUCUUUCACACAGUUUGGCGCUAAGCGUCUUUUUAACAUCAUCCACAUUGAUACUCGGCAUUGAUUCAACAAUUGAUAGGAUGUGAUGGACAAAGGGCAAGAUACCACAUUGUGUUACUCAGUGAAGGGUGGGUUUAGGUUAAAAAAAAACUGUGAUAACAUGAACUAAAAAUUUGCAUCUGUACAGUGGUGUCAGGUGUCUUGUGCUGGAAAAUAAGGUAAAGGUUCUUAUGGCUUGAAUAUGAUGCUGUUUAUUUGCCAGACAAAUGAUAUAAGUCUGAAGUGAUAGGGAAUCAUUUUAGAAAUGUCAAGCCAUUACAACAAACAAAAUACAUUGGAUAGAAAAAUCCCAAUGCUGCUGCUGAAAUAGCAGCAUUAUUGAUUUUAAAACGGUGUUAUCACCCUGUUUUAAAAUAUUAGGUAUGUUUAUCUAGUAAAAUUGAGGAUUUAAUGUUGGAUUUUGAUUUUUUAAAAAUCCUCAGAGGGUUAGUUUUAUAUAAGAGGACAAGGGAACCUUGGGAUUAGUCGACUUGAGGACCAUAAACCAUUGUAAUAUAACUGCUGUAAGUCUGAGGGAUAUUGUACAGGUACUUUCAGUAAUGUCUGUGAAGAAAAUCUCUAUGUUUUGUCAGGAUUUAAUGAUGAUAGUCUGAUUGUGCAGGUGUGUAUGUCUAUUUAUGUAGCAAAUGUUUAUCACUCGUGUGUUUUGUUUUCUGGUAUAGUUCCACUUGCCUUUCACAAUGUGAUCUCUCUCGGUAAUUUUUUAGUUCAGUGAUUGAGCAGUAUUUUGGUGCUAGGUAGAACUACAAAUUGCUGAGAUCCAUUAGGAAAAUGGUUUUGCCACUGUAAAAAAAGCUACACUGCACUUUAGAACCUUUUCUGUAAGGGGUCAAAGCAUGGGUGUGUUUAAAAAUUCUCAGGUGUCAUGAUGGCCCUUGCUUUUCAUUCAAGUGAUUGAUAACAAACAGCAAUGGCAACAGGCCGGUAAUCAAAAUUGAAAACUAAGAAAUUACCCUGAAAUAACAGAGAUGGCUUUUCACUCAAUUAAGGUUAUUGAUACUGCUGGGUCCACCCAAGUUAAUUGUGACAAGCAAGGGACCCAGCCUUAAGUAAUGAAAGUUAAUAACCCAUGAAGGGGGCAUCUCAUAGAUGCUAUGAGCUGGUUAAAAUGGUGAUUGAGUUCCUGCAAACUUUUUAUUUUUGGUAAAGCUAAAAGAAAAAAAUUGAGGACAAAACUGGUCAUGAACUGGGGAAAAAUCAAAACCAAAAAGGUUUUUCGUCAAAAUGAAUUAAUUUACGCUAUUGGGGAAUAAUUUACCAGGGUCAGGAUAGGAUCCUCUAGGGUAACACAUGCACUGUCAUUUCCUACCAUCAGGCAUAUAAUGGGCGUAUUCUAGUCCCAAGUCACUGCAGCAUUGUCUCAUUUUCAAUACAUCUGUCAUAAUAAUAAUAAUAUCUGCUUUAGGGGAUGUUUGUCAUUGCACGGAUUUUAACUACUAUUAUUUAAAAGGACUGCUGGAGGAGAUCUGAUUUUUUUAAAUAUCGUAGUCACAUCAGUUUCAAUGUAUCCAUUGUGUUUUUUUAUUUAUUUUCUUGAAUUAUAUGAUAAUUUCAGCAUAAAGAUAUUUGCUGAUGUUUCACUCAAGUAAUUUAUUGUUGUACAUUUUUAGUAAAUAAAUUGUACAUAGGUUUA